UAUGAUGUCGCCACGUUGAUUCGGUUGUCUUUGUUGGUUUGUCUUGUUUUAUAUUGAUGUAUCUGUAUAUAACAGUAUAAAGGAUUAUGACAAUGACUUCUUGCGUCUCUAAUGACUCGUGCAACAACAAUCGAGGUGAAAGUUUGUUUACAAAAGACAUCGACAAACUUCAACUUAUGUUCAAAAAUGCGUCAAAUGCUGAAGAGAGGAUCGCAAUAAGGCAAUCCAUUCAGCGUAUCAGAUCAAUGCAAGACACUUUUAGUCCAACUCAAGUCAACAGGCGAAGUUAUCGACGAAGUAAAAGAAUGUCAAAGAAUGAAACUGACAGUAUUGGAUAUCAAAAUGUAGAACAAGCUGUUGAUAAAGAGCAAGAACUUGGAAAUCUGCACUCUCACGUUCAUUCGUCACACCAAAAGAGUUGCUCAUCAGGAGAAGAUAUGAAUAAAAUAUCUGCUUCGAUAAAGGGUAGAAAAGAAUGUCUAAAUUCAACACAACAAGAAAUGAUAAGAACUGAUAUGAAUAAAAAUGCAUCAGAAAAUGGGCAACAUACAGAAUUAAAGAAUGAUUUACCUCAAGUAUUUGUUAGAAACUCAAGUACUAGAAGGAACAGAAGAUCAAAAAAAAGCUCAGCAUUGUCUUCAGAUCAAGAUGACGGAAAAGGAAAUAUUCCAAAAAUUAGGGCAAUUCAUGAAGAGAGUGAUGAAAAACAUUACUUGAACUUUACUGGUUCCAAUAGCGAAAGGGGGAACAUUCAGGACGUGUUUCCCGUUGAAUUUGAUCGACUUCAAAUCAAGGAUACAAAUCACUCAUUUCCUUGUGACGUCACUACUAAAUUACGUCAUUCAUCAGGCAAUGAGAAUUCUGUUGUUGGAACAUCAAUAAAUACAAAUUUUCGACCGAACGAAAAAUCGUUUUUGACAGCAGAAAUCGAAAAGAAUUCUUACAGGAGUGUGCCGUCAUCAAGUGUUACAGUUGAUUACACCCAAGGUGCAACUUGCCAGUAUAAGACGAUUUCUACAUCCUUCCGCGGGCCUACGUGGAAACCGGUGUCGCCCCAGAACUCUAUCACCCCUCCGACACAACUUCAUAAUACACCACAGCAUCGUAGUGUAAAUAACAACAACAACAAUCCAUGGAAUCACCCGCCGAGUGGACAUAAAUUCAACCCUCCAUAUAGAGCUAAUCAUACAGAAGAAGGUACUACUAGUGGUGGAAACGAAUUUCACAAAACUCACGGCCAAAAAAAUUCCGCGCGUGUUGUUUUAAAAGCCUUGAGUAAGAAACUAUUUUCAGGCAAACCAAAAUCUCCUGGAUCCGCUAGUGGGCAGCAGGCACUCUCCGUAACACCGACGGUCGAUCCGUCGUCUAAUAUUGCGAAAUUUUUUCCUCAAACAUUAGCAUCCACUUCAAGUGCAGGUACAUCCGGGGAAACGCCCGUUUCUCACUUACCAAAAUCGUCAAGGGCAUUGCGCCCUAGCCCCUUUCAAGAGAGAAAGAAAUUCUUUGAGCAAGGGAGUAGUAAUCCCACCUCAACAACCCCAGUUUCCCGACAUUAUCAUCAAAAUCAUCAUCGUGAACGAAGUUCCAGAAAUAGACCAAUGGCUGAUGUGAUUUCAAUAUCACGCUCUGAGUCACGUGAUUCAGGGAAAUAUUCGCCACAAGCUUCUGGAAGUCCUGUGGCUACGUCGGAAACAAGAAGUAGCGACGAAGAUGCGAAGCAAAAAGACGAUGAUGACUCGGCCGUGGAAGAGCUGGAAAAUCUGUUAAAACAAUAUAAAGAUCACGAUAAAAGAGUUAAAAUCCGGGAAACGAUCCGACUGUUGAAGGAAAGUUUACGCGAAGGAGAUUCAACACCGUCGGGUAGUCGGUCUGAAGCAGCCGAUUCUCCCUCCAAGACUCCAACCACAUUAACACAAAAGUCGGUUUUCGAAACUACAACAACAUACACCAAACCCGAAUCCGAUAGGUCAGCACACAAAUUGACGCCAGACACCCCAGUAGAGUUUUCAGUUUCGUUCAAAAAGCCUGGUGGUACGACAACAUUAUCCCGGUUUUCGGGUCGUUCGACGUCACUGAGAACUACAAGACCGUCAUACCAACCUCCAGCGGAAGCAGUUCAACGCACAAGUUCUUUUAAACUUACCCGCCCGAAGGAUUUUAUUAUUAAAAAGGUCGACAGUUCUCCCCAAUUAAGUAAAGUAGUGGAAUCCGUCCCAAGCGAUUUCAGAGAAUACGCGGACAGUUUAAAUAACAAUAUACCAGAGUAUAAAUUAACCGACCAGGCACAGAAACCGGACGAAAAGAUACUUACGUCUACCCCUGUAACUGUAUCCAGUACUGUAAGUCAUAACAAAACAGCAUCACCGUUCUCCGUUUCGGGAAAUUCUAGCUUCAGAAAGCAAAUUUGGUCUCCACCAUCGAAGCCUGUUACCAUAACCGUAAAUACAUCACUGCCUGUUCAACCUACAAGGUCCUUGCAGGUAACAGGUUUGCGACGCUCUGAAAGCACAAAAGAAAAUCGUUCCAGUGAUUUUCAACCUAUUCCAAUCGUUCGAGGUAACGUUAGAAGGUCAAAGAGCAUUUUAGGGAGAAUAUUAGGACAGAAGAUUGGCGUAAGUUCACCUCUUAGUAAGCCUUCAAUAACGCUUGCUUCGUUGAAGGUUGAUACACCCACCCACAGCGAAAACAGCAAGGAAUAUAUUGCUGUUAUUCCAUCAAAAACUGAGCCAAUACAUAACCUUUCUGAAGUCGAGCCAAGCUCGUCAACAACACCAGCCAAAGACAAACCUGAAAACAACCAACAGCCGAAAGUUGAAGAAAAAGUUCGAAUCUCACCUAAGUUAGAAGAAACGCCAAAGGUUGAUUUCAAAUCUGAAUCGCUGCCACUAGAGGGCACUGCAGAGAAGUUUCAAACAGUCGAUUCUGACAACGCAGAAAAUUUUGAAAAAUCGAUCCCCGAUAGUGUAGUUGAAUCAAGUUUAUCACCCGUCCAUAUCCGCAGCCGAGCUUCAAGCAGAAGUAGUAGCAGUACUUCAAGUAGUGAAGACGAAAACGUAUACGAAGUAGCCAACGACAGCGACACUGACCUUAGUUCAAGUUCAGACGCUUCAGACGAAGAAGGAUCCCAAACGUUAUCAGAGAUUGUUCGAGCAGCACAACAACAACCCGAAAACGACGAAGAGAAUUUGUCACUCCCAACAACAGUCGAAACAGAAAAAUCAGACCAAGUCGAUAAAAAGAGAGAAUUCGAAGUUGAUUCGAAUUUUGAAGAAGAACAAAACCCUUCUUGUAUAGCAGAAUCGAAACAAACAGAAGUAACAGUAGAUGAGAAUCAUUCAACUACAGAAAAUUUCGAAGAAUCGCGAUCCAGGAUAAAAAUAGUUAACCGAUCUUUGACAGCGCACCCUGUUUUUCAAAUCGAAAGAGCUCAAAUUUUUAACGUUGUAAUUGUAAAACCAGUACUCGCUGGUAAAGAACUCACAGACAACAACCCAAUCUCCACUCAAAUUGAGGAGAAGCAGUGUGUUAAACAAUCUGAACUUUCAUCGAGCAGUAGCAGCAGUGCAGAGCUUUCUGACGACGAAGACAGCAGCCCAGAAGAAAAUAACAUGGAUCGUUUUUCAACUCGAGCUCUGCAAUCCAGAGUAAGCGUGAAGCAGCAAAUUUUGGCCACUGAAGACGGAAAUACUAAGCCGUCACCAACGAGACGAUCCCGCAACGAUCGCAAUCGGCCAAUAAACACUGGUGAUGACGUGAGAAGCCGCAUUCAGAAGUUCAAGGUUCAAGUUAACGGCGACUCGGAUAAACCCAGUCCUGUCAAAAGAAACGGGAGCGUAAAAAUUCCUGGCGCUUCUGGUAAAAAAAUCGACGUAUCAAAAUUCGAAAAAGGAGGCGAUGAAAAUGCUAACCUUACUCAUAGCAAAGGUAAAACUACUAUAACCAUGACAACUGCUACACCAAGAAGCACAUUGCGGUCUAAUUCUAAGGAAGAAAACAUAAUGAAGUCUAAACUUGAGACUGAAAAAGCAAUCAGCAACGGCUCAAGCGAAUCUUCUGCCGACGUUGACAGGAAAUCACGUAAGUCAAGUUCUAGUAGCGCGACUGAAGAUUCUACGCGCACACGUCGUACGCGGCGCGCAAAACCAACUGAACCGGAAACUUCUCUCGAAAAAAUCGAGAGAGUUGCAUCUACAACUACAAAAGAACUGAAAGACACACACGAGAAGAAAUUCACAUCUGACGUCAAAAUAAGCACGAAGACAAGCCGGGAUCGUGCAACCACCCGUAAGGAAGAUCUCAACAAUAACACAAAGCACACAAACGGUGAUGUUGCGCCUCCUAAUGGUAACGAAAACGUCGAAGUAUUGGUAAACGAUAGUCUUAGCAGUUGGUCAGAGAGACGAAGAAAGAGGCGGGAAAAGAGACUUCAAAUGGAUUCGCCCGUCUCAACUACAUCUGGAACAGAAACUGAAAAAUCGACUGAAGAAACUUCCGAUAAUAAAGAAGCAGAGGAAGAAGAAAAGGCUGCAAAGACUAUAGCUUCAAUAACACACGUACAACAUUCUGCACCAGUACUAACAGAUAUGGACUCUUACUCCUUUAAGUUAUCAAGAAAUGGCAGCCGUGAGGAACCUAAUAUACCAGAAAAGGAGGAAGAGGAACAGGAAGUAGAGGAGUCAAAGGUCGAUAGAAAAAGUUCCAGCGUGUCCAGAUCUUCAGUAUCGUCUGAAGCUGAAAAUACACAGAGUAAAUACGACGACGAAGACGAGGGUCUAACUUUGGCAGCAGAUAAAGUGGAAAUGGACGAAGAUGACGUAGUCGCAGAUGACACGAACACCCAAUCAGUGGAAGUAAACGGAAACUCCGAUCAUGACGUAGUCGAGAAAGAGAGAGAAAUUUUUGGCCAGGACGAAACGAGAGAAGUCGACCAACAAGAAGAAGAAGAAGUCGAGCAAGACAAAGAUGACCUGUCUUCAACAAAAGAAGAAACAAAGUCUUCCACGGAUUUCGUGAUUGAAGACGACAAAAAAAUUACCGAAAACAAUGACAUUUUGGAAAAAGAUACCCUGCAAACAACAAACAUUAAUACCGAUACCACGCUUUAUAACGCGGACCCCGUGGAUAACGACGAGCAAAUCGACAGUACCCCUGAUUUGGAAGCAACUAGCGCUGAGAACGAAAGUAACGUUACCACUGAAACACAAAUUAUUGAGCAAAAAGUAGACACUGCCAAAGAAAUAGAACUUGAUAGUAGCAAACCAGAACGCACAAGACGACGACAUAAAGAUCGCAAAGCUAGUUCUGAUCUGACUGACGAAAUUGACAGUGAAAAACCGAAGCGUAGGCAUCAUAGAAAAAAGGACGAAGAAUCGGAAGGUGUCGCUGACGACGGUGAAAAAUCGAAAAGAAAGCAUCAUCGAAGACAUAAGAAAUCAACUGAAGAGGGAAUCGAAAAAUCAGAAACCGAGAAACCUGUAAAAGAAGAAAAAUCGAAAGAAAAAGUAAAAGACGAUAAAAUAGAAACUAAAAUAGGAAGAUCGAGAGAGGAAAAAGAAUCAAAAAAAUCGGAGACUACUGAACAAGAUAAGUCUCCAAAAUUAGAGACGAAGGAAGAUUCCAGUGCAACGUCGGAUACCAAAAAAUCAAAAGAAACGACUCCGUCCACUACUGAAGAAUCGAAAAAUCAAGCCGCAGAAGAGCCGCCAAAAGAAAUGCAUUGCUCCCUCGACAACGUCGAAGAAAUCUCAGACCUCAGCGUUCUGGAGAAGAUGCUCUAUGAUUCUGAAAACAUAGACGAUAGGAGACGAAUAAGAAGCGUGAUGCGUGCCAUUCGUCGAGGAGAAAAACCUACUAAAGAUAACACUUUGAAACCAAGAACGACAAACGGGUCCGCUAUCACCACAAAAAGCAACAUCGGACCGUCCCCAGGUGAUCUUGCGAAACGAGGAGCACUUCCGAAAGAGGGCGCCCGUGAAUCGAGAUUGACUUCAACAAAAAUGGCUUUCACAAAACUAGAAAAAACAGAUACUGGUUCAAAAUAUACAUCUCUUAGAGCAGAAAGAACAACGAUGUCAAGUGGACAGAAAAAGAUUGGAAGUAUUUUUGAUCGCGGAGAAGACGAUGAUGACAGCCGAAAAAGUUCACGUUCUGGAUCGUCACGCAUGGCUGACCUUGAACGUCGCCAAGCAGAACGAAAGCGGGAAUUGCAGCGGAACCGCUCAAUGCCUGCAUCUUCGUCAAAAGACGCCAGAAAAGCUUUUGUAGCAAAAUUAGAAGGGGGUGCACCAAAAGGACAAACGAAAAAAGUAGGAAGAAGCCCAACAUUUGUUGUUCCGAAUGCGAAUAAUGUUAAGCAGCUGCUUCUUAAAUGGUGCCAGUCAAAAACGAGAGGAUAUGAGCACGUGGAUAUUAUGAAUUUUUCAAGCAGUUGGGCAUCCGGGAUGGCGUUUUGUGCAUUAGUGCAUAAUUUCUUUCCCGAAGCUUUUGAUUACAACAAACUGGACCCCAAAAACCGAGCUGAGAAUUUUGAUCUCGCUUUCAAGUCCGCCGAGGAGUUGGGUGGCGUGGCGCCUCUGCUCGAAGUGGAAGACAUGCUCAUAAUGGGAAACCGUCCGGACUCAAAAUGCGUCUUCACGUACGUACAAUUUCUCUACAGUCACUUCCGAAAGUAUGAUCAACCUUUGGUACCUCUAAAAGAGGGGGAAGGCAAAUCCGGUGGAGCGUCCUCCCAAAAACUUGUAAUAAAGAAGAUGGGAGAGACUGAAGAUCUAUAGUCAAUACACCAUCCGACCUCAGCGAACAAAAUGACUAGAAAUGCGUGCGAGUUUACGUCACUGACGCAACUCGACAAUAUUUUAAGGUCACCUCACGCACGUCUCGUGCAACUGUUGCAAAUCCCAUUGGGCUUUUUAAUUUAGAUCAAUCUUCGAGUACCUAUAAAAAUUGACGUCAUUAGUUGAUGAAGUCAAGAGUGUUGUUUUGCACCAGAAUUAGAUGCGUAAUGCACAAAUUUUGUACUGUUACUAUACACAGUUAUUGUUUCUGAUGAAAAGCACAUGUACAAAUCUUUAGCCAUCUUCCAUGGAAUAGUGUUCUAACUUUCAAUUUCUAAAUGUGUUAUUACUUUACUGUUCUUGCAUAUACUGAAUAUAAAAAUAAACUGACCGGUCCAUGUAUGAUCCAUGCUUCUUUUUUCAUGGUCAAACAUGAUACGACGAAACUUCCUGUUUUUGUUACUUUUUUGUUUUUAUUGUUACUGCUUCCUUUUCAAAUAUUUUUUUUUUUUCAAAAUCUAAAAUCAUUAUAGAAAUUGAAAAUUUAUUUUCUAAUUUCGAUUUUUUUGUACCCAGUAUAUUAUAAAACUAUUAAAUCAAUCGAAUGAACUAAAAUAUUUACAUAAAAAUGAUAUAUUUUUUCGUUUUUGAAAAAAAAUUAGAUGAUAAAAAUGAUUUUUGUGUUGAUUUGUUUCCGAUCAAGUGUUACUAUAUUACAAUAUAAUUCAUGAUUCUAUUCUUUUUUUUUCAUUUAUUUUUUGUCGCAUUUUUAAAUUUUUGCAAUUUUAUUGAAAAAGCUAUAAAUUUUGCUACCCCUUUAUGCUUUGAUCAACUGCUAAUGACAUGAUAAAUUCGAUUCGCUCGCCCCUUGUUCUUUCUGAAUCCGUUUUACAAUGGCUGGUCUAAAACCAUUUUCUACAUUUCUGGGAUCACUGGAUAUUUCUACAUCCAUGACGUAUGCUCAUACCCAUUGAUAUAAUUGCUGCGUUGUUGAGCGAAUAUUUCUGGCCGUGCAUUGGCAGGAUUUCUCUCCCAAUGUAAACGUGCUAUUUAUCUAAAACUUCCUAUCAAUUAUAAGAUCCAUUUGUCCCUUCUCUUGCCAUAGCGAACGAAUUCAUUUCAUAUAUCAGCGCCAUUGCCUUGUUUUAUCUAUUUUUAUAAUAGCACCAUUGGCACAAAAAAAAGAAUAUCACGCAGAAACCGCGAAUUUUCUGUACCUUUUACGCCACAAUAUUCUGUCGAUUUGCGCAGAUAUUGCCCUGCGUCUGGUGCGGUUACUAUAAGGUGGGUUAUAAGUCAUAAAGUUGAAUAUAAGUGUUCUGCAGCUAAAACUACCUUAUGAACAAGUGCCUAAUUACAUGUACAAUAUUCGUUUAGUCUGUCUGGCUAGAUCCUCCACAAACGGAUAUUGUAAUGUAUAUUUUUUCUCAAUCCAAAUUUAUGAUUAUUUUGGCCUUGAAUGAUCCAGUGCUUAUAGUAUUUUUGGCGGCUGUUUCGUGUAUGGCAUGACGACGUAUAUUUGUCCUACUAUUUCACCGGUAUGAUCUGACAAGAACGGACUCCUAUUUUGCGAUAUUUUUCUUUCUCUUCUGCUUCUCUGCAUCAUUGUUAAUAAAAUCCGUCGAUUCACGAA